AUGAUAGGUCUGUCAGGUUGCCUCCAGUAGUGGCUGUCAAACUUUUAUACUAACCGAUCUUUUGGUCUUUAACCGGUUCCGGUAAAGUAUGAAGGUCCCAAGCCGAUACACCGAUAGUUUUAGUACCACUGACGUGUUGAAGUCAAAUCCUACAGUGGUACUAAAUUAUGCAUAAUCAGCUGUUUAAUCUACAUAAAUAAAAAAUAAAAUAAAUAGCAAAAAUUACGAGACUACCACAAAUGGUGAAAAAUAAUAAUUAUUAUAAUAAAUAUCAAUAACUUAAAUUGUUUCGAUUUAUACCGGCAAUGCUACGCUUCCUGCACAAGUCAAGAGUGCAUUGGAUGCGCCUGUCCCGUUUUCGUUACCAUUCAACAAGCGGAAGAGGUGGUGCAGAUGCCGGUGAAUCUGCGCGGAAACAGCGACUGAAGUCUACUCUUUACUACUUGACCGCUGGUGGCAUAUUUGCUGCAGGUGCUAGCUAUGCUGCAGUGCCUCUUUAUCGCAUGUUCUGUCAGGCCUACAGUUACGGCGGCACAACAACACAGGGGCACG